CUUAUUUUAGAUCAUCCACUACCUUGUAUACACAUAAAUCCACGAUAUCUGUCUAUUCUCUUUUGCUCCCAACCAGAAUAUCCAAACAAAGACCUCUUCCAAUCACCGAGACUCAAAAACAAAAGGCUAGCUAAAGAUUCUUUAUUUUGCUGGAUUCUGUUGAAAUCUAGGGUUUGUGGGUAUUUUGAAAGGCAAGGUAUUCGGGGACGAAAAAGCGAUCGGGAGAGAUAGUGAGAGAGAGAGAUCAAUGGCGCAAACUGAGCAGGGGAUAGAACCUGCCGUUCUGGAUGACAUUAUCAUUCGGCUUUUGGAAUUUCGACAAGCCAGGACUGUGCGACAGGUUCAGCUCUCCGAGGCUGAGAUCCGUUCACUCUGUGUUGCCUCUAGGGAAAUUUUCCUUCAACAGCCUAAUCUUUUGGAGCUCGAAGCCCCCAUCAAGAUCUGCGGGAUCCACUUGGGGAUGGGCUAUAUUGGGAUGGAGUAG